UAUAACCGCCGCGGCGAAAACUUACAUUCUGUAAUCUCUCGAUCGCUUAUAUCGUUAAUAAAAGGAUUAGCUCCGUUCACCCCCAAAAUCUCGUAUAUUAUCAUUGUUACAACCUAGGUACAAACAAUUGGCGCCCACCGUGGGGCUAGUUCGAAGCUAUCCUUUUUUGACGAGACAAUGAACACUGAAUCUCAAACGCUCCGCGACGACAUGACGGACACCUCGAGCGACCGAGGAACUGACAUCGGCGCGCCAGCAGCGCCCGACGCGCCAGGAUUACCUCCCUUGAACCCAGUAGCUGUCCGCGCCGAGCUAGAUCCCUCGCGCCGCCUCUUGUUCACACCUAACACAGGGAUGGAGUCUGAUGCUGCUCACGCCGUCCCGGCUCCUGGGGCACCUACCACACUCGUCGUAGCCGCCGCAGCUGGAGCAGCCGCCGCAGUAGGAGCAACCGAAUGCACCGCACCAGGACAUGCCCGAGCCGCACACCAAGGCACCCACAUGGACGACCUCGUUCAGACCAUCCUGGAUAGGCUCGACAACCAAGACGCGCGGACCACAGAACGGAUCGACGCCCUCGUAGCAGCACAGGUCGCUUCCCAGAGCCAGAUCGAACGACUACGACGCCGAAGACGUACUUCCCAACCCCACGAUAACCAAGAAGAGCUGCAGUCUCCACGAACCCCGGUAGCCGGAGGCAUAGAGGUUGAACGACGCGGCCCAGCAUCUAUCAUCGUCGGAUCCAUCGACGAACAUCCUCGCCAGAAUCUGCCGCACGGCGAAAACAUGCAGAGCGCCCCCAAUUUGCCGCACGGCCAUAUUAUGCAAAGCGCCCAGAACAUGCACUACGGCCCCAACUUGGCGAGCGCCCAUCAUUCACAGCACGGUCACCAUCUGCAAAGCGGCCAUCAUCUUUUGACCGGGCAUAAUCAGCCGAGCGGGCACAAUCUGCUUAGCAACCGAGCCGCGGACUCCGGACGACUCUUGCCUGGUCGACCCUUUACCGAUGACAACCAUUCUCAUGAUCAGGAGCUUACACGGUUGAACGCCUUAAUAAGAGACAUGUCCUCAAAAAUGCAUCGGGCCACUACCGCGGCACCGGAACUAGAAAAGGUUUUGGAAGAGACACAACGCUCGCCGUUCACAGCGCGCCUCUCGGCUGUCCAUGUUCGUUAUGUUAACAAAGUUAAUCUGGUCCCAUACAACGGCCUCACCGACCCGAAAAUCUUCCUCAAGUCAAUGUGCAUCGCCAUCAAUCGCGCGCAUUUCACCGCUGAAGAAAGCGACGCUGGGAGUUGCCAACUGUUCGUGGAAAAUUUGACAGGGGACGCGCUAAAUUGGUUCUCACGACUCGAAGUUAACUCAAUCAAUAGCUAUCGCGAACUAACGGCCGUUUUCCUACAACACCACUCGGUUUUCAUGAUCAAGGAAGCCACGAACGCCGAUCUUUGGACCAUGUCUCAGAAAGAGAGCGAACCGCUUAGAACAUUUAUUGAGAGGUUCAAGAAGGUUGUGUCUAACAUAGCCAUUACCGAUGAUGCGGCAAUCGGCGCCCUUCGAAAUGCUUUAUUAUUCGGGUCACGGUUCAGGGAAGACCUUAUUAUCGCUCGGCCCUCCACACUGGACGAUGCUCUGCACCGAGCCAACCGUUAUAUCGAGAUCGAAGAAGAGAAGGCCGCAAUGGUGGAUCGCCAGCCGAAAGCAUCUAACUCAAAGGGCAAAGCU